CGGCGGCAACAGGCUUCACUCGAGCGGCUAGGUUCUUCCAAUUGCUCUCAACCUCAUCGGAAGCCGACGAAAAUGACCAAGAGAACCAAGAAGGCCGGUAUUGUUGGGAAAUAUGGCACCCGAUAUGGUGCUAGUCUUAGGAAGCAAAUUAAGAAGAUGGAAGUGAGUCAGCACAGCAAAUACUUCUGUGAGUUCUGCGGGAAGUAUGCUGUUAAGAGGAAGGCCGUGGGUAUAUGGGGCUGCAAGGAUUGUGGAAAAGUGAAGGCUGGAGGUGCUUACACGUUGAACACUGCUAGUGCGGUGACAGUCCGAAGCACCAUAAGGAGGUUGAGAGAGCAGACUGAGGGUUAAUAUCACAAUUUGUAGUUUAUUUUCAUUGCUUUCAAAUCUGAGCUAAAUUUUGACGCAUGUUUAAUAUUUCUUCUGUAACCAUGCUUGGUUUAGAUGUCAAGAAAGAUUCCUCUGUUGGCUCUUGUUUAUUUAAGUACAUCUCCAGUUCAACUCCAGGUUCGGGUAAUUGUGAUAGCGUGUCCUCUUGGAUUAUUAGUGGUACUGUCCUUGAUUGAAGUCAUACUAUUUGUUUUUUUUUGUUUUUGGGAGUGGAAUUUAAUCCCACUUUUUUUUUU